UCGAUCCCUUGCUUCUCAAGGCUCCUGACAUGUUUCUUUCAUAUCUGAAGCACCAUGUCCUUCCAAAACUAAACUGCACAGAACAUUUCCUGCCUGAAGAUUACAAACAAUACCAAAAAGAGAGAAAACCCCAAGCAAUGAAAGGAAGAACAUCGAGAAGCCUAUGUAGAAUGCAAGGGAAUUUAGAUGGAGGAUUUAGUUGGCUUAUUGUGCUCGCCUCUUUCCUGCAGCAGUUUAUAGUACUUGGAACUCACAACGUAUUUGGACUUUUUUAUAUUGAUUUAUUGAACGAAUUCAAAAAAGAUAAGGCCGCAACAGCUUGGGUUGGAUCUUUGUCCUUUGGUAUAACGUUUCUGCUUGGCCCAUUGUCAACUUCGUGUUCAGCUAGAUAUGGUGUCCGGGUGGUAUCGUUAACUGGUGCACUACUCUUUGGUAUAGGACUUUUAUUGUCUUCCUUUGUUAGUGACUUAAAUCAAAUGUAUCUCACUUACUCAGUGAUCGUUGGCGCYGGRGGCUGUUUCUCAUACUACUCAUCAAUAUUGAUACUUGAUGAAUAUUUCUAUAAAAGACUCGUUACGUCCAAUGGACUUGCUUUGUCUGGCGCAGGUGUUGGAACACUGGCUUUGUCUCCAAUAGUUGGAUCCCUUCUAGAGACCUUUGACUGGCGGAGCACRCUWCGAAUCUUAAGCGCAAUUUCAUCUAUUCAGAUCCUCUGCUCUUUUGUUCAGUUUUUCGUUMAAUCUCCUAAAAGGUUAUUACACUGUGACUUUCAAGAAAAGACAGAGAGAAAAAGUAGAUUUGUAGAUUUGUCUUUGUUCAAGAACAAGGCCUAUAUAGUUUGGAUCGUGGUUGUUUCGUUAGUUCUAUUUGGGUUUUAUAUUCCAUAUGUUCAUUUGGUACGUCACUGCCAAGACCUUAACAUCUCUAUGAAAAAUGGUGCAAUACUAGUGGGCUAUCUCGCUAUCGCACAGACCAUAGGRAAGAUUGUUUUUGGAAGCAUCGCUGAUCACCCUCGAGUGAAUCGUAUUUACUUGUAUCAAAUGUGCCUGGUAGUCUGUAGCAUAACGACCACUCUUCUUCCAAUAAUGAAUUCCAUACAAAGUAUCAUUGUCUACUGUUGGGUUUUCGGCUUUAAUGAUGGAUGUUUUGUACUUUUGAUYGCUGUUCUUACUGGGGACAUUGUUGGAAAAAAGAACAUGUCUUCUGCGUUUGGUAUGAUGUAUUCCUUUAGCUGUAUACCGAUGAUGCUUGGUCCUCCAGUAGCAGGAUGGAUGUAUGGGAUUGUCGGUUCGUAUGUCCCAGCAUUCUUCAUGGCUGGAGCGUUCACAACGCUUGGAGUAUGUCUUCUGUUYGUUGUGCCCAUUCUCCUACCGAAAGAAAUUCAAGAACAAUGGRMAAUGCGAAGUACGCGCCAGGAGAUAAAGUUGUCAUCAGACACGAGUGAAACUACCAAAACAUGGUCUGUCAGCAGCGGUGAAACCAGCAAUAAAUACGGAACCCCUGUAUUUCUGGAUACAAAAGUACAGGARAAAGAUUCCAUUCCACAWGUACUGUUACUAAACAACGACAAGAGACRCAACAGUAUCAGUUUAGUUCUCGAGAAAUAUUUUUCAAUGCAGCAUUUAAUGACUCAAAGGGAGAGUCUUUUAUGCAGAGUCUACUCUAAAGACAAUUUAUACGACAUUUAUAAUCCAACUACGGACUGCACAGUGAGGGAGACCGACGUUUAAUAUGUACAUUAGAAUAAUUCAAAAGUGUAAUUUAACGUACCUGGACUAUAWGGGAAAGAGAUAAGUCAAUCUAUAGCUAGAAAGAGCUUUUCAAUGAAACGAGUAGUCAAUAUCAGACUAAAAAGUGCUUUGAUUUUCAUCAUUCGACUCGAAAAAAUGUUUUCUAUAUUGUAGUUAUAGAUUGACUUAUUUCUUCAAAAGUGACCAUUCGAUGACAUUCACCGAUAUGUAACAUGAUGAUACGAUUCUUUGGAGUAAACUUUUUGUUAUACAACUGAAACUAUCACUGGAAAAAUCGCGCGCCAUAAAGGUUGUAAAUUUGAUGUAAAUAUGAUGGAAAUUCCAUCAAAUUUACAUCAUUUUGGACACUURCAUCAUAUUUACAUCAAAUUUACAAYCUUUAUGGCGCGCGAUUUUUCCAGUKUAUUAAGAAACAACUCAUAGGUGGACCUCGAGGACAAUAAUCURAAAUGGGAAAUUUGAACAGGAAKCUACGAUUGAAUCAAUACAAAGUAUCCGUGCAUCGCAACAUCUAUACUCUGCGAACAGAUGAGAAAAGUAGCKCUGUUCGCAGAGUACAACAUCUACUAAUUUCCAUUGAAGAUUUUUUCCUGAUCUGUCAAUUAUKGACACUUAUUUUUGCGAGUAACAAAAAAGACAAUUGUAUUGUGUUGAGKUUGAUUUUGUUAUUUCGUUAUUUUAUGGUUCUAGAAAGAUGACAUUAGAGUGCUUUUCAUAAACACUUGAAAUACAGCUUAUUGUACAAUCUUACUGUUUAUGACAAAGAAAUUAGUCGCGCGUUCACACUUUGCAUUUGCCACUGCACUGAAGAAGAUCRCAGUUGCGAUCGAAACGUCUGCAAUAACUAAUUUGUUAUUCAAGUAAGAGACGACUCAAUUUCUUUGUCAUGCAACAUCCUAGCUGCAACUUUAAAACUAUUACUUUUAUCAUGUUUUCUUUUUUUUCGCUGAAUCUUUGACUGCAUUAUACUAUAAUUUACGGAUUUAUGAAAACCACUCUAAACUCGGGGAAAAAAAUGCUUGUUAUUGUAUGACAUUGUUUAUCUUUGUCCCUAUUAAAGGCAAGUUACAACGGUG